UCUUGCGACAUCCGGGAUAGCGUGUGGAUUACUAGGCAAUGCUUUCGUCUAUCCGGCGAUCGUUUCGAGCUGUACACAGGUUUCGUUCUCCACUCGAGCGUGUGCAAUUGCGUUGGACUUCGUUGGGUUUGCUUCGAUCCACUAUCGGGAGAUAUCUGUCCAGUACACGAUAUUUUUCUGAGGAGCACGAGUGGGUUACAGUCGACGAAAGCGGCGUUGGAACCAUAGGAAUCUCAGACCAUGCUCAGGAUCAACUUGGAGACAUUGUUUAUGUUUCACUUCCUGCUGUUGGAGAAGCAUUCGAUAGUGGUGAUGAGUUUGGAACAGUCGAGAGUGUGAAGUCUGCUAGUUCUCUUUACUGUCCUGUGGGUGGUAAGGUGGUUGAUGUGAACAAGCGACUUGAAAGCGAUGAAGGUGGUGAUCCCAGUUUGGUUAAUCGGUCUCCAUAUGAUGAAGGGUGGAUUCUUAAAGUAAAGCUUAGAGACGAGUCUGAACUGAAAAUUCUUAUGGAUGAAACAGCAUACUUGAAAUUUGUCGGGACAGCAAGUUGAACACGGGUGUUUUAUUAUCAGCAUUUGCUAUUAUAUGCUCACUGAUUACUGCAGUAGCAUUAUUUGAGAAUGGAAUAUAUGAGUAGUCCAUUUAGUCUGAAAUAUGUUGACUCUGUGUUAUGAUAGUUGAUCUGAGUCUAUUGGUGCUGCUAGGGAUCCUACCUCUGUUUAAAUUUACAAUAUUGAAAAUUGUUGAAUGAUAGAAACAUUCUAAA